UACUUUAUAUCUGAAACGGACUCUCACCAAACUGAGAGAACAAUCUAGUCAAAACUUUAUUUUGGAAGGUAUUUUAUUUCAUUGACUUACUAGCGAGAGACCUUUUAAAACAGUGGUUCUUAAAUUAGGGUCCGCAAGAUAAUUUGCUAUGAAUUAAGUCGUAUCGUUUAAAGAAGCCCAUACCGACUUAAGGAUAUACAAAACCAAUUACUCCUUCGCUUUGGGCCAAUUAAAAGCUCUGACAUACAGUAAUUAUGAAACCCUCCCCCAAAUAAAUAAAAUGGGAAUUUGUUGAAUUUUGAACUCUUUUGGAUUCCUUUGGCAUUUAGGAGUACACAUGGUAGUUAUGCUUUGAACCCCAGCAAAAAAAGAUUACCGAUAACUUUAAAAAUAUAUAUAUGUAUAUAUAUUUCGGUCACACAGUACUUAAUAAAAAGUGUGAUGUCGAUCAACACUCAAAAGAGAGCUGACAUGUUUCUCCAACUUAGCAGUUGAGGAAACACACAAGAGGACUACAACACAGGAAGUAAAGUCGUACACGCUGUGACGUCACGGCUGGUCAUGCAGCGACCACAGCCAGACGUUGCGAGCUCGCCGGUGACGUCACCUUUUGUACAAAGAUCAAGGCCGGCGCUUCACCGGUGGGGCAAUUUGCCAGAACCACUAGUGUAUGCCUGAGUUCGUAUUUGUGGUUCUGCGUAGUAUAGAUGUAGUGGACCCGAACCUGUGACGUCACAUUCCUGCCGCCCGAAGCAACCCCGAGAUGGAGCCGGACCGUUUACUCAAGGUGGACGCCAUCCUGGAGCUGGUCAAAUCCCGCUUCAAUCUCAUCUCGUCGGCCCAGUGGGCUCUGCUGGUGGCCGGGACCCCCGACUCGGAAACCAAGGCCGUCCUGGCAGACACCAUCAGCGACGUGAUCCAAAGAAUCUCCUCCGAGGUGGUGCGGCAGCUGCAGCCCGCCAUCAGCGAGCACCUGCGCGGACAAGCGUCUCAGGCUCAGGUGAGCAAUGCCAUCGACCGGUGCAGUCCGAAGCUGAGCGAGUGCAUCACCGAGACGUUCGCCGCCGCCCUGGAUCUGCCGCCGCAGAAGUAUGAGGGUGCAGUGGAGCUCACCACGCUAGUGGAGUCCGAGGUGAAGCACCGGGUGACGUCAGCCGUGUCCGUGGCCCGGAAUACCGCCGAGUGGCCCUCGGACCCCACGCUCUUCAUCCGCGGCACCAUGUCCAGCGUGGGCAACCUGGCCUCCAUCUUCCGGAAGGCUGUGGAGUAUUUAAGGCAUGUGUUCGCUCGAGCACGCACGCCAUGUGUGGUGCUGUGCGGCCGCUCCGCCAUGAAGUCCGGUGACAUGACUGACGCCGUGAGAGGAAUCCUCUUAAAGUGGUCCCGAGCCAGUAAGGGCGAGAAACCCAACGAACUCACAACGAACGAAUCAGUGGACUAUGAUAGAAUCAGUGAACACUCCGACACGAUCGAUGUGGAGAAAGUGACCCAACAAACCGACCCGGGGGCUAGGGAGAGUGCUCUGUUGGCUGCACUCGACAUCACCAAAAGCAUCAUCCAGGAGCCCUUUCGUGGCUCCGGGGAUCGUGUGGAAAGUCGCCUGACACGCUUCAAUCUCAACUUAAAGCUCAUCUCCAACAAAGUGAAGAAUUUCUUCAAGUCGCAGGAGAAAGCCAGCCCGGACGGCCAUGUCAAACUGCGCAGGUUCCGCUUCUUCAAGUUCGCGCGCAUGCAGUUCGCGCGCAUGCUGGGAGGACUCAAGCGUGCCUUCAAGAACCAAGAUGCGUGUUUGGUAUCUCUCAGGCCAGAUCAACCAAAGUCCCCCAAAGAAGCCAAAGGGGGCGCCUUCAGGUCCAGCACCUUACACGUCAGGCCAUCACAGAAUCCCGUGUUUGAGUUUGAGGCCAUCCAAGACAGGGUGGCAAAGAUGUUCGAUGACCUCGGCCAGAUGGAGCCGGAAGCCCGCGAGGCCAAACUCAAGCGCUACAUGGACGAGAAGCUGCGGGGCUUCUCCCAAGAUCUCAGCUCUCGCCUGUACGAAUACCUCAUGUCCUGUCAGAGUGAAGUUUACGAAGUGCCCUCUAGCCGCUCUGACACGCCAUUCAUGGACUCUGUGCUGUGGGGGCGGCGGGGGAAGAAGCACUGGGACGGCGGUCAGAAGUUCUCUCCCGAGGUCUUGUACGCCAUGACAGAGGAUGCGGCCUGGAGGUUCCUGCAGCAGCUCCUCCUCUGGAUGGAGACGGAGCCACAGGGAGAGGAGACGUACGCCGACGAAGUGUCUGGCGCCGUCAGUGAGAUCAACCAACUGGUCGUCACCGCCCUCAACACAGAUGAAGACCAGGACCUCCCGAAGACCCACCGAGUGAGCGAGAAGACGCUUACCAAAGACGAAGACGAGGGAACCCAAAAGAGUUUGUCCGUAGCUUCCGAGUCGCAGCCACCUCAAACGCGAGUGUCCACCCAGCGCUCGGCGCUCACAGACGUUCCAGGGCCGUUGUCCAAUCUUUCUUCCGUGUGCAAUCGCACAGCGUCCUUCAACGUGAAGCUGACUCGCCUCCUAGCCUACACGCUGGCCACGCAGCUAGGCCAGCGCCUGCCCAGGAAAUGCAAGAAGUCUCUGAAGACGGACGCUCUGAUGGUGGUCGUGGAGCAUCUGUCGUGCAGGGCCGUGGAGGAGAUCAGCCCGCAGCACAUAGACAACAUCGACACAAUGGAUAACCUCGAGGAGGUGAUCACGCCAGUAGUCAAGAAGCUCAUGACCCACUUUGGCUCGCCGAGUAAACUGGUGGAGGCCGUGAUGGCCGACGAGGCAUCUUUCGACGACGCCGUCUUCAAGCACCUCCACACUCAACUUAAAACGCUCAGGGAACAGCCCAAAGCGAGUAAGGGUCUCGGCUUCUUCUCGUCCGUGGCCAAGCUUUGUUCUCGCUCCACGUGACCUAAUUUCAUCACCUUUCAUUCCCCAACACCCCUGCUAAACUGCACCAGUGUGUGAAUCUACUUUUACCAUACAUGUUUGCAGUUAUACAGUGGUGCCUUUACUUGCGAGUAACCCAACUUCUGAGUUUUUCGAGUUACAAGCUGUCGCAUGGUCGAUUUUGGGCGGUUUGUGUUGUGAGCGAGCACAGUAGUUGCCGAUGCACUUUUAACCAUAGAUUGAUCAGGACAAACAGUUAAACAUACAAAUACGAAUUGAGAACACUCGCAAGGAACUGCUGUAGGCCACCACUCAACAGCCAGAUGCUCACAAAGACUAACCGGCCAAACCGACUCCGGCUUGUGAUGUCACUCACUAGGCCGGGCCACUCAUUCAACACACAAAUACUUAAGUACAUACAAUAAUUACAGUUCAUAAAUCCAGGUUAUUUCUUCACACUCUCGUUUAUUAUUACAGUGCUAUUAUUCAGUUUUUUUGACGGGGCUGGAAUGAUGGCAUUGCAAUUUGAAUACGAAAUAUUAAUUUGACACACAAGUUAAUUGAGUGACGAGCUCGGUUACGGACUUAAACCCGUAAGCCAAGGUACCACUGUUUAUACUUGUACCAUGUAUGUUUACAAUUAUGCAUACUACUAUCUUUUAGCUUCUAUUGUUGAUAAUAUUUAUUAAUAUUCCUGUAGGACCGUGUAUAUCAGGGAUGGGACCAAGUACCGCUCGGUAUACUGCACGAGACGAUAAGUUUUUUCUGUUUUGCAAUCCACUGAGCAUGUUGCGCGUUCACCCACUCACAGUUGGAACUGUAUCCGGUUUCAAUGUGCAGUUUACGGUUGCGGUAAAACGUAAAACCACUAGCAUGAGCGGAGGAUUUGAGGGAUGAAAAUUUUAAGAAGCACCGUAAUCAUUCAAAUCUCUGGUGUGGAUUAGUUUUGGUUUCACCAGAGGAGUGAUAUUGACAGACAUUUUAUUGUCUGCAAGUGUUGCUUGACACAUUUCCUGUACUGCUAAGGAAACGAGCUUCUGUUUAUAUAUCCUGAUGUAACAUUUUCUGGACACAUGACAGCCGAGCGACUCGAAAAGGUAACACCAGCGAAACAACGGUCUAUUAGAUCAUGCUUUUGAACAUACUUAACAUAAAAAAUAAAAAAAUAAAUGCUCGAGCCACAUUACGGUGUGCCCUGUAGUGUUUUAAUUCCCAAUCUAAGCGUAACAGUUGGAUGAAGCGUCGUUUAAUUGGUGAUGCCAGCAGAGUGGGGUGGCAUGACCAAUCGACCACGUUCAAACCAACUGUUACACAAGUAGUGUCUUUGUUUACAUUUUUUCGGUCUUAAUUUGUUAUAUACAAUACAGUAGUAAAAAAUAUACGUCUGUAUUGUCACCUGUACACAAUUAGUCAAGGAAUAAGAGGCAGUUCACCGUUUGAAAGAGUUGUGUUUAAAUAACGGUUAACUUGAAAUAGGUUAUAUUAGUCGGUACACUAAAAAAAAUAAAAAUAAAAAAAUAAAAAAA